AUGAUGCUGUUCCUCUCUCUGUUGGUUCUGGCUCUGGCUGCUGCGUCUCCUUCAGAUGGACAGGAACUGAAGCUGCAGAGAGGCGACUGUCCCAUGUACUGGUUCAGCUUCGGCGGUCGCUGCUACAAGUAUUUUGCUGCACGUCUGACCUGGGCUGAUGCAGAGUUUCAGUGUUUGUCAGAGGGAGCCAACCUGGUGUCCAUCCACAGUGAGGAAGAUCUUAAUUUUGUGGUUUCUUUGGUCCAAAACUUUGAUCCCACUCGGGAAUGGACCUGGAUUGGACUCAAUGACAUGCACAAGGAAGGAGGAUGGAUUUGGACUGAUGGGUCUAUGUUCAAUUUUUCCCGUUGGGAUAUCGGACAGCCAGACAAUCUUGAUGAAGAGGAACACUGUGGCCACAUUACCUUUGUAGAUCAUGUUAACUGGAACGAUUAUUCAUGCUCAUUUGAAUCACCUUUUGUUUGUUUACUUCGCAAAGUUUGUCCCUAA